AUGUCCAACUCUAGAGAAUCCUUGCACGCAAUGGCGGAGAGAUUUCAGGACGACAACUCCCUGAAGAAGGUUUUCAUUCAAGGGGCGCUCCGCAACAAGGACUUCGCGAACGCGGACGUAGACAGACACGUUCACUUAUUCUGGUUCAACGAGGACACUCCCGAAAUAACCGUUAUCGAAAUCUUGCAUCUGAGCGGUUCAUGGGGCUCGCUUCAGUUCGAGCACGCAAAGCGAAGCCGCCGCGCUGACUUUGAUGUGGUCAACGAGACGUACCUGCUCGGAUACUUUACUCGUGCCCAGCGCGACCAGAUCUGCAAGCUUGCGAAGGACGUCCAGUACAACCCAAAGUCACACGUGAACGGGUGCCGGGUUUGGAUGCGCGACUUGCUCGACGCCAUGAUGAAAGAUGCUCUCGUCAAAGCGAGCCCCCUGGCCAUCGAGCACAUCACCAGCAGCACUAGGAUCCCUCUGCCGUUCCGUCGGCCAGAACCCCAACGCGCCAACUAG